AUGGAGGAAAUAGAAUAUAUAACUCUGAUCGAGUGGUAUUGCCAUCAACUGUACUAUAACGGAAUGUUAAUUCAUUCGAAAGAAGCGUGCGAAGCUUAUCCGACAAGCGAACGUUUAAGAAUUUUGUUGGGUCUUGCGUAUGCAUUGACUGGGAAAACUCAGGAGGCAAUUAAAGAAUGCACAAGUUUGAUGAACAAUGCAGAUGCAACAUUAGCAGCAUUACUUCUUCAGAACAUAACGUAUACAAUCAGCAGCAACGUUGAAAGGACUACUUUGACGCAUAUUGAGAAUAGAAUCAGAGAUGAAAGGAGAAAAUCAACUCCGAAUGCAUUGUCAUUAGCUGCGUUGACGUUGCUUUUAUCGCAGAAAGUUGAAAAAGCUAAAGAUUAUAUAGAAAGAGCUCACAAACUGGAUUCAUCCAACAUGAAUGUUUUACUGGUUAAAGGUUGGGUGAAUUUGUUCACUGUGAACGAAAUCAGCUUGGAUAAACGUAAUUUCUUCGAAUUGGUCCUGGAGGAAGAUCCAAAGAAUGUAUACGCUCUUCUCGGUUCCGCAAAAUACAAGCAGCAGCAUGGUGAUAGCGCAGGUGCAAUAUUAACAUUAAACUCAUUGAUUGUACGUUAUCCAAAAUUGUGCUUACCGUUAAUUGAAAAGUUGCAGAAUCUGCUCACAAUGAAAGAUUGGGAGCAGGUUUUAGAGACUGCCAAUAGAAUAUUGUCGAUCGAUUUGAAUAAUUUGGAUGCUACAAAAGCACAAGUAUUUGUUAUGCUUUGUCGAGAUGGAAAUUACGAGGAAGGAUUGAAAGGUUUACAAUCAUUCUUCAGGAAUUUGAUACUCACGGAAACACGGAAUGCUAUCGUUUUAAUUAGUAACGUUCAAUUAUUUUCGCGAUUGGCGUGUAAAAGCGAAGAGGUCUUGUUAGAGCUCGCCAGAACCGUUGAUCGAAUGUUGCAGCAGCAGCAUUCUAAGAAUGCAGAGCUUAUGAUCGAGCUGGGAAAUUUAUACGUUUCGCUGGGAAAAGCGAGGGAUGCAGAACAUUAUUACAAAAAUGCUAUUAAAAUAAACGAGUCUUCUUUCUCGGCUUUGAUGGGAUUGGCGUACUGUCAGCUUUUAGACACUUCGACCGAGGGUCGGGAUUUGGCACAACAACAAAUAGACUUCCUUAUGGAAAUACAAUCCGGUUCAAAGAGCGCAGAAUUACUUUUCAUGUCUGCAAAACUGAAAUCCAAUGUUCCAAAUCAAGCUCUAACUCAUUUGGAUGAUGCAUCUACAAUUCUAUUGAAUAACUGUAAAUGUAUACCGUACGGGUACGAGUACGUGAAAAAAUUAAAUCCUGACUUAUGUUUAGAUAUCUGUAAACAACGUAUAGUUUACUCAAUAUCGAACGACGUGAGAAAUCGGGAAAGAAACGUAUUGAAUCGUGCAGAGCCAUGUUUAUAUUUACUGGAACAGCUCACAGAAGCGUAUCCUGGGUUAACUACAGCACAGUUAUUAUUAAGUAAAGCUAAAAUGCAAAGCGGUGAGCUGGAGGGUGCUGCCACUAUACUGAAAAACAUUUUGGACAAUGUCGAUGCAUCCAAUGCAGAAGCACAUUUGCUGAUGGCUCAGAUUCUUGCUUGUCAGGGGAACUACCAAUUGGCUUCGCAAAGUCUUGAAAUUGGUCUAAGCUACAACUUUAACAUCAGGGACAAUCCGAUUUAUCAUUUAAUCGUUGGGAUGGUUCAGAAAGAAAAUAAAGAUAUUGAAAAUGCAAUAAAAAGUUUCCGGGCUGCCAUAGCACACGUAGUAGAAGUGCAGUUUCACGAAAAUAUGUCGGAAACUGUAGAAAUGUCAGCAUCGGAUAUAGCAACGUUGUAUCUUGAACUGAUUUUUGCUUAUAGCGAAAUGCGACGAUUCGACGAAGCAAUUGCCGUAAUACACGAGGCAAAUAUAAAGCUUCGAAAUACUACCGAGGAAGGUAGGAUACUAAUAGGAAAUGCAGAAUUACUUUUAGAAAUGGGCGAAUUGGAUGAAGCCAUCGAGCGUUUGUCCAAAGUAACACCAGAUCAGCCUUAUUAUCUGCAAGCGCAUAAACGUCUGGCGGAAAUUCAUUUAAAACACAAGAAAGACAGACUCGCCUUCGCUGUGUGCUUCAGGGAAUUAGUGGAACACUGUCCCGGUCCCAGGACAUACAGCAUGUUAGGCGAUGCAUAUGUUUCUAUAGAGGAGCCGGAGAGAGCAAUAGAAGCGUACGAAGAAGCCUUGAAAGAAAAUCCUAUAGAUAAAUUCCAUAUAGCCAGUAAAUUGGGAAAAGCGCUUGUGAAAACACAUCAGUACACGAAGGCGAUAAAUUAUUAUUGGGACGUGAUAAAACAGGAGAAUUUUAAAGGCUUGAAAUCGGAUCUUGCUAAGCUAUUUAUGAAAAUGAAACAGUACGACAAAGCGGAAGCCACAUUGGUACAAGAACUACAAGACGGACGUCGGGAUUCUGAUUUGCAAAGUUUACAAGUACGGGGUCAGCUUCUUCUUUUGCUUGGAAAAACAAGAGAGAAAGCAGAUAACAUUCAGGGUGCUCUGUGGGCAUUGAGCGAGGCCAAAGAAAAUCAACAGAGAUAUAUACAACGUUUAGGAAGUUCCAGUACAGAAGACGAGAAGGAAAUGUUGACGAACAUCUGUUUGACGAUGGCUCAUUACUCCUCGUCGUUGAGAGACUAUGAUCAAGCUAUACAAUGCUAUAAAGAGGCUUUGAAUCAUAGACCAGCGAAUCUGCAAGCCCUUUUAUCGUUAGCAAAGAUAUAUAUGCAGACGAAUAACUUAGACAGAUGUGCUCAGAGUUGUACAGCUUUGCUAAAUGCAGACCCAGAGAACGAAGCAGCCUCGAUAAUGAUGGCUGAUCUUGCGUUCAGAAAAAUUGACUUUGACACAGCAGCAUUUCACUUUAAGCAAUUAUUAUUGAAACAACCAACGUAUUGGACUGCGCUGGCAAGGCUGAUCGAAGUCUCGCGUAGAACAGGGAACAUGGAUGAUCUUGAGGAACGGCUACAUCGGGCAGAUUUAGGGAUGAGUGGUUCAAACUUGGCAGCUGGCUACUAUUAUUGCGCUGGCUUAUUGGAUUGGCGUAUGGGUAGAUUGAACUCUGCUCUUCGUCAAUUUAAUUGUGCGAGACGCGAUGCCGAGUGGGGCCAACAAGCAAUAUACAAUAUGAUUGAGAUUUGUUUAGAUUCGGAUGAUGAUUCCUCUCUUUCUAAUGAAGUCUUUAAUAACGACGAUGACGCCGAGUACCAAGAUUCUAGAACAAUGGCCUUGAAAACGGCUUACCGUUUGUUACAGGAAUUGAAUCCUAAAGGCAGCCCACACGAAAUGCUAACACACAGACUGCUAAGCAACUUUUUCUUACUGGCUACGAAGCAGAAGUCGAACGUGGAAAAAGCUCUACAAGAUUGCACGGCAAUGGCUAGCCAAGAAGCUUUGAGGGAUCACGUAGGCCCGGCCCUUGGAAUGGCGAUGGCCCAUAUUCUCCUUAAACAAACUCCUCGAGCCAGGAACCAUCUGAAACGCGUCAGCAAGAACACAUGGACUUUCGAGGACGCCGAGUACUUGGAACGUUGUUGGCUACUCUUGGCCGAUAUUUACGUACAGUCGAACAAGUACGAUUUGGCGAACGAUCUACUGCGAAGAGUCUUACAACAUAAUGCGACUUGCGUGAGGGCCCGCGAACUGUCUGGUCGCAUCGCCGAGAAGGAGCAAAGUUAUAGAGAGGCUGCGUCCCAGUAUAGUCAGGCUUGGAAGUACGGUGGAAAAUCGAAUCUUUCCGUAGCCUAUAAGCUAGCUUAUUGUUCUAUGAAAGCGAAAGCGUACGCGGAGGCGAUCGACGCCUGCAACGAAGUCUUGAAACAGAGUCCUGACUAUCCACGCAUUAGGAAGGACAUUUUCGAGAAAUGUAUCAAUAAUUUACGCACGUAA